AUGGAGUCCAUAGAUCGCGACGUUCGGAGGCAGCAGCGCUCAAUUCAAGUAGCCUACGACCGCCUUCCUACGAGCCUCUAUGACAAGGCCCGGGACCACCAGGACCAGCUCACUGACGAGGAGCGCCAGCUGCUCCUUAGCCGCGGCGACGUCCUAGGAAAGGCGCUUGCCUAUCCCGAUUCUCUGACCACCGACGAGAUCCACGAGGCUCGCGGAUGGCCACCGCCGGACGUAGUACGCACCAACAUCCAGCGGGCAACCGGCGGCAGUCUCAGCACCACGGCCGAGCUGCAUGCCAAGGCCAAGGACGCUCUCGACCAUGGCCAGUUCGACACCGUCAUCAGCGAUGACGAGGCCUUUCUAAUCGCCCAUAAAUUCUAUGCCCGAGACGACUAUUCCCUGUCAAAGUGCGAGGCGGUCCACCAGAUCCCAGGCUUCGGACACGUCGACGCAUUACUAUCGCGCCGCCUGGGGCCGGACCUUGCCGUCUGGAAAGCCUCUGUGGAACGCGAGUUCGAAGCCAUGGGGCCCCUUAUGGAGGCAGCCCCGCCCAUGGACCCUAUACAGCGCGCUUUUCGCAAGUAUAUGGCUACGCCCCCAUCGCGAACAGACAUGCAGGGUUCCGGGCCCUGGCCUGUCACGUACGCCGGCACUAGCGCUUACCAGCUGUUCGGAGAGGACACGGACAGCCCUUCAGACUUGCCAUUUGCCGCCGCCCCGCGCUGGGCGGCCCUGCCCGAGCAGCAGAAGGAAGUCUACCGCGCGCAGGACGAGGCGAGACGCCGCGAGGCUUGGGCCGAUUAUGAGAGGAGAAUUGCCUGCAAGGAUGCCGGGUUACCGGCCCCUCCGCCCCCGCGGCCGGUGCCUCCUCCCUCUGCAGACUUUUUGGAGUAUUUCCGGAUAAGCGAUCCCACCCGCAACCCGGUGCUUCCUCUCUCGGGGUUCGAGGUAUUUCGUGACGACCUCGUGGCCGGUGAUGCCGGGCUAGGCUUCGGGGAGGUGCUGGCGAGGUGGGAAGCGCUGACUGACCAGCAGCGUGACAUGUACGAAAUGCGGGCGCGGGAGGCGAAGAAGGCGGGCGCGAUGUAA